AUGUCAUCUGAUACCAUUAAGGAAAAUUUAUCUGUUGUUGAUUCAUCGGUGACUGAUUGGAGGAAUGACUUGGGGAACUUGGAGGGUCCAGAGGACCAAAGCCAUAGAGCCAAUGUGGAUGGCUGUCCAAUGGGAGCAGAAGAGCCUGGGAUCUUUAGUGAACAGCAUCAAACUUCUAGUGAUGAAAACAAGGGUAAGCCAUCCAAUACAAGAUAUUUCAUUAUCAAGAGUUUGAAUCAUCAAAACAUUGAGUUGUCAGUUAAGAAGGGGAUCUGGGCUACUCAAGUCAUGAAUGAGCCUAUUCUUGAAGAAGCUUUUCGUAAUUGUGGCAAAGUUAUUCUGAUUUUUAGUGUCAACAUGAGCGGAUUCUUUCAAGGUUAUGCUCAAAUGAUGUCUUCCAUUGGUUGGCGGAGAGAUAAUGUUUGGAGUCAAGGAGGUGGUGGAAAUAAUCCUUGGGGGCGCACUUUCAAAGUUAAAUGGCUGAGGUUAUAUGAUUUGCCUUUCCAAAAGACUCUUCAUCUGAAAAAUCCAUUAAAUGAUUACAAACCAGUCAAAAUUAGUAGAGAUUGCCAGGAGUUACCCCAGGAUAUCGGCCAAGCACUUUGUGAACUUCUUGAUGGGAAGAAUGAUAUAGAACUCAGUUUAAACAGAUUGUGCAGGGAAUUGUCCACAGAUGAUACUUUCUCAAGAAGGUCUCACUUGGAGCCUUCUAGAUCAUUACAAGUUGAAAACUAUGUUCCUUCUAUGCGUAUGGGACCUGUGAUGUACCCAUCAUUACUUUACCAUCACCAAGCUGAUGCAAGUAGAUUCUAUGGAGGUCAUCAGAUGUCAAGGGGUGGGAACCCCGGUAAUUUUUGCGGGGAUGUUGAUACAUCUGCUCCCUUUAACGUUCGGGGCCAGUCAGCAGAAAGAAGUCCCUUUGGCAGUAGCCUGACUGAAGAUGAUUUCCUGGAUAUGACAUAUGAAGAGUACCUCGAAGCUCAUAGCAGAGGCAGUAAGAAACUCUAUGAAUCUUGCGCUUUGCCCACCAGCAGCAUUAAAAAACCAGCAGUUACCAGAAUGUCUUCUGAAAAUAAACAGUCAAGCAGCAGUUCGAAGAAAAGGCCUCGUCAAAGAUCCCCUCGAUGA